AUGGCUGCUGAUCAAGGAAAAGCUGUCGGAAUUGAUCUCGGAACCACCUACUCGUGCGUCGCCGUGUGGCAGAACGACCGCGUCGAAAUCAUCGCCAACGACCAGGGUAACCGCACCACCCCCUCCUAUGUCGCCUUCACCGACUCUGAGCGUCUCAUCGGUGACGCCGCCAAGAACCAGGUUGCCAUGAACCCCGUCAACACCGUCUUCGACGCCAAGCGCCUCAUUGGUCGCCGCUUCGACGACAAGGACGUCCAGUCCGACAUGAAGCACUGGCCCUUCAAGGUCAUCGACAAGGCCACAAAGCCCUACAUCCAGGUCGAAUACAAGGGCGAAACCAAGGAGUUCACCCCCGAGGAAAUCUCCUCCAUGGUCCUUACAAAGAUGCGCGAGACCGCAGAGGCGUACCUCGGAACCACCGUCAGCAACGCCGUCGUCACCGUCCCCGCCUACUUCAACGACUCCCAGCGUCAGGCCACUAAGGACUCUGGUAUGAUUGCCGGCCUCAACGUCCUCCGCAUCAUCAACGAGCCCACUGCCGCUGCUAUUGCCUAUGGAUUGGACAAGAAGACCGUCGGAGAGAAGAACGUCCUCAUUUUCGAUCUCGGUGGUGGUACUUUUGAUGUCUCCCUCCUCACCAUCGAGGACGGAAUCUUUGAGGUCAAGGCCACCGCCGGUGACACUCACUUGGGAGGCGAGGAUUUCGACAAUCGUCUCGUCAACCACUUUGUCCAAGAGUUCAAGCGCAAGCACAAGAAGGAUCUCUCGUCCAACCCUCGCGCACUCCGCCGCCUCCGCACCGCCUGCGAGCGUGCCAAGCGUUCGCUCUCUUCGUCUGCCCAGACCUCGAUCGAGAUCGACUCUCUCUUUGAGGGUGUUGAUUUCUACACUUCCUUGACCCGUGCUCGUUUCGAGGAGCUUAACCAGGACCUCUUCCGCAACACCAUGGAGCCCGUCGAGAAGGUCCUCCGCGACUCCAAGAUCGACAAGGGUCUCGUCGACGAGAUCGUUCUCGUCGGUGGCUCCACCCGUAUCCCCAAGAUCCAGAAGAUGGUCUCCGACUUCUUCAACGGCAAGGAGCCCAACAAGUCCAUCAACCCCGAUGAGGCCGUCGCCUACGGUGCUGCCGUCCAGGCUGCCAUUCUUACCGGUGACACCUCCGAGAAGACUCAGGACCUCCUCUUGCUCGAUGUUGCUCCUCUCUCACUCGGAAUUGAGACCGCCGGAGGAGUCAUGACUGCCCUCAUCAAGCGUAAUACCACCGUCCCCACCAAGAAGUCAGAGACCUUCUCGACCUACGCAGACAACCAGCCCGGUGUCUUGAUCCAGGUCUACGAGGGUGAGCGUGCCCGCACAAAGGAUAACAACCUCCUCGGCAAGUUCGAGCUCACGGGUAUCCCCCCUGCCCCUCGCGGUGUUCCUCAGAUCGAGGUCGUCUUUGAUAUUGAUGCCAACGGUAUCUUGAACGUCUCAGCUGUCGAAAAGUCCACCGGUCGCGCCAACAAGAUCACCAUCACCAACGACAAGGGCCGUCUCUCCAAGGAGGACAUUGAACGCAUGGUCAACGAAGCCGAGAAGUACAAGGCCGAGGACGAGGCAGCCACUGCCCGCAUCCAGGCUAAGAACGGGCUCGAGUCGUUUGCCUUCAACAUCAAGAACUCUUUGGCCGACGAGAAGGUCGGUGGCAAGCUCGAUGCUGCCGACAAGAAGAAGCUCGAAGAUGCCUGCCAGGAGGUCAUUACUUGGCUCGACGGCAACCAGGAGGCCGAGAAGGAGGAGUUUGAGGCCAAGCAGAAGCACCUCGAGGAGAUCUCCAACCCCAUCAUGAUGAAAAUCUACGGCGGCGCCGGUGCUCCCCCCGGUGCUGGUGCUGGCGGUGCUCCCCCCGGCGGCUUCCCUGGCUCAGGCGAGUCCGAGCCUACCAUCGAGGAGGUCGACUAA